GGCCCGUGGCCAGCCCUUAGGCCCGUGUUCCCUGCAGGUUCUGCGGGGCGUGCCUCCAGCCAUGCCUGCAGGUGCCAUCACCCCUGUGCCCGCUCUGCCGCCUACCCUUUGACCCCAAGAAGGUAGAAAAGGCCGCCCAUGUGGAGAAGCAGCUCUCAUCCUACAAGGCGCCCUGUCGAGGCUGCAACAAGAAGGUGACGCUGGCCAAGAUGCGAGUGCACGUUUCCUCCUGCCUGAAGGUCCAGGAGCAGAUGGCCAACUGCCCCAAGUUUGUCCCUGUGGUGCCCUCAUCCCAGCCCAUCCCCAGCAACAUCCCCAACAGGUCCACCUUCGCCUGCCCGUACUGUGGUGCCCGCAACCUGGACCAGCAAGAGCUGGUGAAGCACUGCGUGGACAGCCACCGCAGCGACCCCAACCGUGUGGUGUGUCCCAUCUGCUCGGCCAUGCCCUGGGGUGACCCCAGCUACAAGAGCGCCAACUUCCUGCAGCACCUGCUCCACCGGCACAAGUUCUCCUACGACACCUUUGUGGACUAUAGCAUCGAUGAGGAGGCUGCCUUCCAGGCCGCGCUGGCCCUGUCUCUCUCUGAGAACUGACGUGGCGAUGCCAUCACCUGCCCGCGCCUGGGGUCGAAGACGCCCUCAAAGGACAGGGCCGUGUCCCCUCCUGCUCUGCAGAGUAAUGCACCUGGGGCCAGAGGUGCCUCCACUCGUGUCCGGAAGGGCAGGCCACGAGCCUUGAGAGGACUGGCCGCCACCCUCUGCCGUCAGCGGGGCCGCCGUGGCCUGGUGCAUCGCUGGGCUCUUCGGUGCUGUGGCCGAGCGGGCUCCCGGGCAGGGCCCCCAGAACGUGGAGCCGCCGGCUGUCUCUCCAAAGCCAUGACACCCCUCGUGGGGAGGGGGCGCCGGUGCCUGGGCCCUGCAGCCUGCCCGGCCUGCUUCCCCCACGUGUUUGGUACUGGCUUUUGUGAUACUUAGAAACCGGCACCUUUUCUAUCUUCCCCAGUGUGAAAACCUUUUCACGUUUUAUAGAGCAAAGACAAAGCAUUCCUCUUCAUAUCGCAAUAUCCGUGUUUGACUAGGAAUAAUAGUAUUUUUAUGGAACAUUUACAAAAUUAUAUUUUUUAAAAAAACAAUCAAAAAUAAGCAGUGUAGGGUCGGGCCAAGGAGGGAUGGCAUGAUAGGGUGGCUGCUGGAACGAACCUGGGCCAAGGCAUCCUGGGUGCUAGGUCAGGGCAGGCGUGGCCUGCAGGCUCCACAUACCAGGCUUCCCAUGACUUGCGGCUUCUCCCUGAUAAAACCAGGAAGAAAUCACACCCUGGCCAUUCACUGUGGCUGUGCCUGGAGGAGGCAGGGAGAGCAGGGUAGGGGCCUCUAAUCGCCAGGUACUGGCCUCAGUUUCAUCACCUGCCAAAGCUGACCAUGUCUUGCCUCAGGCAGGGACCGCCCAGCGGAGGGUAGCUCAGGGUCUGGGCAGGGGCCUACUUGGUGGGGUUGGGCAGAAGCGCGGGUCAGCACUCUUGUCCUGUUCAUAGCAUUAAUUAUUGCUGUCUUUUAAAAAAAAUUUAAAUAAAACGUUUCAGAGCAACUA